AUGGUGAAAUCCAAUGAAAGUUCAACGAGCGAGACUCCCAUUACACGGGAACUGGACUAUCCGUCUGGUAUCCGCUUAGUCGUCAUUAUCAUUAUCGUGGCCUUAGUGCUUACAAUGUUUAUGGUGGCUUUGGAUAUGACCAUUGUUGCCACAGCAAUUCCACGUAUUACAGAUGAAUUUCACAGCCUUUAUCAAGUGGGCUGGUAUGGUUCCGCGUUCUUCCUCACAUUGGCUACUUUUCAAUCAACCUGGGGCAAGUUAUACAAGUUCUGGGAUCUGAAGUUUGCCUUUCUCGCAGCAGCCGGCCCGUUACUUGGAGGGGCAUUUACCGAUAGCGCUACUUGGCGAUGGUGCUUCUACAUCAACCUGCCUAUUGGGGGCAUUUCGCUGGCGAUUUUGGCUUUAUUCUUCCGUCCUCCGUCCCAUGCACGCCCCGUUGCUGCCGCCUUCCGAGAAAAGCUACAACAGCUUGACCUGCCUGGUGCAGCAUUGACAAUUGGCACUCUAGUGUGCUUUCUGUUGAUCAUGCAAUGGGGUGGCGUUACUAUGUCAUGGAACUCAAAUAUUAUCGGCCUUCUAGCUAUCGACGGAAUGCGCGCGGCGGCAAACGUUGUCGGACAGGCCUUCUUCAAGAUGGAAGAUAUUGCAUCUGUAACUGCGAUUGUCUUGUUAUAUGCUCCGACUGUUGAUGCUGGACGAGUGCUUUCUAUGGGCGCCAUUGGACUGCACAACGAAUUUUCAUCGGGUAUAUUACCCGGUAUUCUUCGAGCCUACAUGGUAGCUCUUAAAGAUGUGUUUCUUUUCGGGACAGUCACCUGCCGCGUGUGGAUUUUUGGCCAGUUGUUUGGCGCCGUUCAGGAGUAUUCUACCUGGAAACCGAGGAUCAACAGCGUUUAUCGCAUCAUGGGAAACAAAUAG